AUGUCAAAAGACGACGGGGUGAGCCGUCUUAUUGAUGAUGGUUUCGGUUUAGGAUAUGUGCAGUCAUUAGUUGAUAAAUUAUCUUUGACCGAACGCAAAAAAUUGUCAGAGUAUUUGCAGCAGCAAAACCAGCAACACCUAAAUAAAGACAUAAUUUCCGCUCUCUCUCUUUCCAUGACCACUUACUUGCUUGAAUUCUUAGACGCAGAAAAUUUAUGCAAGAUUAGACAAGUUUCUAAAACUUGGAAAGAUCGAGCGACAGAAAACUCUCUUUGGAAAAGACAAUGUAUUCUUGCUGGUUUCUCCAUCAAUCUCAUAUCGAAAUCCUUUAAUUACAGUAAGAAUGCCGAAGACCAUUUUUUUCAAUUAUAUAAGCAUCAUAUAUUAGUUCAGAGAAAUUGGGAUAAGCAAAAUUUUUCUCAAUAUCUUAUGCGCGCCCAUCAAGAAGGUAUCACGUGUAUCGCAGGAUUCGAACAUGGAAAUAUAAUUUAUACAGGUUCUUUCGAUAAGACCAUAAAAAUGUGGGAUAUAUUCAAUUGGACGUGUCUCAAAGUACUAAAGGAUCAUUUCGAAGGUGUUCAAUGUUUGGUGUUAGGUCAUAAAUUCCUCGCGUCAGGCGGUUGGGACAAAAGUAUCAUCAUAUAUGAUAUUAGCAAUGAUCAUGCGAUUAAAUAUAGACUUAAUGGUCAUUUAGCUGGUAUUAUUUCGUUGACAAUGAAUCACAACGAAUCUAUUCUCUAUUCAGGUUCUGUAGAUAAAACAAUUAGAAUUUGGAACAUACAUACCGGCGAUUGCUUGCAAAAAUUGUAUGGUCAUGAUGGUACAGUAGGAACAUUGAUGCUCAUACCCCGAAUUAUUUCCUCUUUGACCACUGAAGAACAAGAGGAAAAACUGUAUUGGUUAAUUUCCGGAUCAAAUGACAAUUCCAUUUUGAUAUGGGAUUUGAAUCCUAAUCCUUCUGAAGAACAAUUAUCAAAUUUUCAAUCGACCUCACCCAUAAAACCUCAAAUCGUCAAAAGGUUAGAGGGAAAUACUAGAGCAGUUACUUGCCUGGCUUGGUAUAAAGAUUUAGUGCAGCAGAUCGAUGAUGCUGAUCAAGAUCAGCUUGAUGAUUCACCACGUUCAGUCCAUAUUAAUACUUUAAGUUUUCUAUCAAGAUCCCCUUCACCCUGUACAAAUAUUACCCGAGAAGUCGAACUUAUGGAUUUGGAUGAUCCAGAUUCGCUAAUUCAACCAAACCACGAAUCUAUUAACCAUCGUCAAAGAACCAAUCACAAUCGUUUAAAUCAAAAUAUCAUUUCUUCUUCGCCAUCGAACAACGUUACUCCCCCUCCUAGUCCGCCCGAAAACCUUAACACAAACAACCAUAGUAACGAUAUGGAAUUCAGUGACUUCAACACAUCUCGUAAAUCUAUUUUUAUUUUUUCCGCAUCCGCCGAUUCCACAAUCCGCAUGUGGGAUUUAAAUACGGGUCAAUUAUUACAUUCCACCAAAGAGCAUACCGACAUCGUCUGGGAUCUUCAGUGUAAUGAAUCGCGCCUUAUCUCUGUUUCUUCCGACGGUUAUAUCAAACAUUAUCAGUUAAAUAACUCGCGCUCUUUGGCGGUGCCAAAAAAGAGAAGUUCUUUUAAUAUCCCGUUCCCUGCCGUUACUCUUGCUCAAAUAGAUAGUGGAGUAACUUGUUUAAAAAUGACACAAGAAUGGUUGAUUUGUGGAACGGAAGAUG